UAUAAAACGUUGGUCAACUUGAUCAUCGACGAUCAAUUGUUUGUCGGUGGUUUCGAGGAAACGUACUACUCGUGCGCAUUUGAUUAAAUGGAAAUGGAAAAAGUGUGGGUCUUAGUUUUUCUUUACGUUUCCUGUACCGCAGCAUUAGACCGCGUUCAGAAGCGUGAUUUCAUACCAUCAGCUAGCAUGGACACCGAGGGAGGAUGGCGAGUGCUUAAAGGAUCCAUACUAAGCAACGAAGAACUAGAUGAUAACAUACCUGUCAUAUACCAAUCACCGAAAUCGGAAAAACUAAGUUCGAGUGCUGUCGAACCAGACUUUCUCAAUAACGACGAAGAGUUUCGUAUAAACGUUGAAAAUAUAACUCCUGAUAAUCUUCUAAAUACUGACAGUUUACCCGUGGCCUCUUCGUACCUUACUGCUACUUCCAAUCAAGUAACGCCAUCAUUAAGCUUUGUAUCACCUUCAUAUGGAUUUUAUGAUAGUUCCCAAUUUCUCAAACCGCCUGCAUUCGAUAAUUUAGAAAAAUAUUCAUUCUACAUGCCACCGGAAAUACCGUUUUCAAAAUUUUUAUAUGAGCCAGACCCUUCGCACUACUUGUUCCGUGACAAAUUUCCACAAGAAACCGCCCUAAGAAGUUAUCAGCAGCCCCCGCAAAGCAUGAAUGAAUUUUUUGAACCGUUCAGUGAAUACGCAACAUUCCCUCAAAUGUUGCCAUUUAGAAAAGCACCCAAAGUAGAAGACCAAGUGCAAUAUUACGAGUUUAACAACAGCCUUCCACCGUUAAUUUUGAGUGAAGAGAUAGCAAUGUUUGGAGUAAAGCGUCCAAUUUCAUCCCAUUUGCCACCGAUCCCACAUAAGACGAAUUUCUUCAGAGGUAAUAUAAAUCCGCGACCAUCUAUUUUUGGACCACCGCCACCGCCUCAUUUAGUAGUUGGAGCAAAACGGAUAGCUUCAAAACCAAACUAUUCUAAACGAGCCAUCAAGCCAUUCGGAAGUGGAUUUUCUAAGAAUGUGCCAAUUAUGAGAGGCCGAUUUAUGCUGUAGUAGCAUUUGAAAAAUCUGCAAUUAAAUUUCAUGGUAAAUAACGCUUAUUUAUUUCCUUACUCCCACCCUACCCCCAAUCACCGAUACAUUACUCUUCUCCUUCUUAAUGGUACAACAUUCCGUCUCUGAAUUUGACCUCCUGUUUAGUACAUAAAGACUUCGCGACCAAUUGUUAGUAGUGCACAGGACAGUUGUGUGGUUAGUGUGCUGGAUGCUGCAAAAUAUAGGGAUACAGAAUUACUACGGAACAGGGCCGGCGUCACACUAUUUGCGCGAGUGGGUCGUAAAAAAUAAGGGAGGAUUCGCGGGUACAAAGGCGCAGCCAGGAGGCGACCUACUGAUACCUGAACAAAAGAUUUCGAAAAAUCAACAAAGCAUCAACAACAGGGUGCCAAUGGAAGAUUCAAAAUUGCAACUGGGGGCGAUUUACGGCCUGUGAAUUUCAUUCAGACCUCGUGAACACUCAAAGCUGU